UGCAAUGAUGGAUUUACACAUUUUUAUUGUGAUUGCAUGUGUUUUCUUGGCAUCAUUAUGUUCUCUGCUAUUCAUCAAUAAAUUCUUACGCCGCAAAACCUUCGAAGAAGUUAUUGCCGAGAAAAAGGCUUUGACGGAAAAAAUCUAUGGCAAAGAAAAGAAUGUGGUGAAGAAACCCAAAAAGAUUUCCCUUAAAAAGGAAAUGAAACGAGAGAAAAAGCAGCAGCGCUCACGUGAGCAACCUGAAGACUCGGAUGCCCAAUCGGAACAGCAAUCGGUGGAAGAUGAAGAACCCCAAGGUUUGUCCAAAACCCACGUUGAAUUUGAACCCGAUGCGGAAGUAUUGACUUACAACAAUCAGCAAACAGCAUCUAGACGUUCCAGUACGGCUGAAAAGGAAAAUCUCAACAAGCAAAUGAAGGGUAAAAAGGACAAGAAACCCGGUGGUGGUGGAGCUGGUAAGGCUGGCAUUUUGGUGCACAAAAAUGAACCCGCCAAUGUAAAGGAAAUCGAAGUAGCUGCCGUCGCCACCACCAAUCAUUUUGACACCAAAAUUCCCAAAGAUGCUGUUGAACUCAAGAAAUCCGAAAAGAAAGAAGAAAAAUCCCAACAACAACAAAACAAAAAAGAUAAAUCAAACAAAAAAUCAGACAAUCGUCAAGCUGUAGAAAAAUCCAAUGAAAACAAUCCACAAGCAGCUAACGAAACUCCAAUCGUCAAAGAAGUAAAGCAGGCUGAGGAAAAGCAACGUCAAAAUUCUCCAAAACCCACUCAACAACAGAAACAAAAGCAACAAAAUAAAAAACAAAAAGAUUCAAAAGAUAUUGUGGCCGGUCUUGAGAAACUCUCAGAAUCGGAUACCAUUGGUGUGUCUUUGCUUAUGAAUCUGUUCCGUCGUGCCGAAUUAAACCGCUCCGAAAUACAAAUUCUAAUUGACUACCUUUUGAAUCGUCAACAAGAUAUGCCCUCUUCCCAUUCCGAAUGGUCCGAUGAUAUCUGUCAAAAACUCAAACGCCAAUUGGAAGAAAAAGAAAAGGCUUUGGCCGAGGAGCAGGAGGCCUCCAUUGGCAUACAAGCCAAGUUGCGUGAGCUACGCACUGAAAUCAACACUGAGCGGGCCACCAUGAGCAGCACCAUCAAAUCGUAUACCGAAAAAUUGGCCACAAAAGAUCAAGAUAUUGCCCUUUUGGAACAGAAAAUUAAAACCCUCAACGACACCUUGACCUUGGAACGUCAACAGUUCCAGGCUAAACUCAUACACGAAAAACAAUCCGGUUCGCAAGACAUGGCCCAACUGCAAAUGUUGCAAAACGAAUUGGCCCUGAAGGAUAAAUGCAUUGCUGAGAUGAGGUGCAUGCUUACAGCCUCACAUCAGGCCGUCGAAGAAUCCCAAAAGAAGAACGAAAUUAUUCAACAACAAGCCCAGCAAAUACGUGUCUUGGAACAACAACGCGACGAACUGGAACAAGUCUCCAAUAAUAGAAUUUUCGAUUUGGAAAAAGCUAAUCAAUUGGAAGCCGAAUUAGGCGAACUUAAAUUGGAAUUGCGCAACACUCAAAAUGCUCUCGAAUCUGCUAGAUCUGAUAUUAGCCAAAGCAAUGCCGAAAAGGAAGCGCUCCGCAAUGAAUUGACUUUGGUGCGUACCAAGGAAAUUGCCGAUAAACAGAAGGAAAUUGAAUUGUUACAGGCCCAAAACGCAGAGCUUAGCCAACAGCUUGUGAAUAUUUCUAGCAAAACACAAGAGCAGUCUAACGAUUUGCAGAGCAAUCUUAUCGCUCUACAGACCCAAAUUGUCGAGAAACAACAACAAUUGAACGAUUCCGAAGCAUGCAGAUUAGAAUUGCAACAGAAACUCUCGACCCUGGAGGCAGAGCUUAAGCAAAAAUCUCACGAACAGGAAGAAUUGCAGAAACUAGUUGAAGGCCUCAAAUCAGAUGUUAACAACAAAUCAAAAGUUCUGCAAGAAAGCGAACAGCAUGUACAAAAACAACAAAUACUGCAAAAUCUGGUGGAAACGUUGAAAGCAGAAGUUCAAAAGAAAGACAAACAAUUGCAGGACAAUGCGAAGCAGCAAGAUGUGCAAAAAGUUGUUGAUGCUCUCAAACAGGAUCUUAGCAAAAAGAGCGAUCAGCUCAAGGAAGCCGAAAAGGAAACGGAAAAGCUAAGCAAACGUGAAAAGGAGUUGUUGCAACAGUUGCAAGAACAAAAAGAGAAAAAUAAUGAUUUGCGCACUAAAAACUGGAAAUUGGUUGAGGCUUUGCAAAAUUCUGAAGCAAAAGUUAGUAAACAAAGCCAAAAUGCAAUUUUAGUAGGUGUUGUAAGUGCAUGCUAUAUACAACAGGAAAAACUAUUAUCUUCGGCAGCAGCUAAGACAGGCAAGGCAUCAACGGAUGCUGCCAAAGAUGAAAAACAAUUGCGUGUUCUUUUACAGCGAUUGUGUCCCGAGGCAGUUAAAGCUUGUGCCGGCACAGCACUGUCUGUUACAUUCGAUCAAUGGGUGGAGCAGGUCCUGUCGACUCACAUUAAACAACAGCAGCUGCAGCAGCAAGUCAGCAGUAGUCACAAAUCUACACAAUCAUCAAAUUCACACAAUAGUCCUCCUCCUCCUCCUUCCCAUCAAAAUCAAAACUCUGCCCAUGCCAAUGGCAGUCGGAGUAGCAGUUCCAGCGUUAGUAGCAGUCCCGGCUCUGGGGAUAACAACAAUGACACUGAAAAGUCUGAGUUACUUAAAGAGAAUUCAAUCCUGCGCGUUCGUAUCGACGAGUUGACAAAACUCGCUAGAAAAACUGAAUAUACAUUAUCCGACCUGAUGCAAAAAGCCGAAGAGCAGGAAGAACAUUGGCGUAGUGUUGUACGUUCUAAAGAUGAACAAAUCAAUACGUUACAAUACAAAUCUAAUGGUCAGCAAGACAUUUAA